CUUAAGCAGCAAUUAGUUAACGUACAUUUUUAAAGUGUAGCUAAUAGACAAUGCUUCGCCAAGCAAUCGUUUGUACGCUUUUAGGCCUUACAGUGGCCGGUGUAAUUGAACCUCGGUAUAAUCCUAAUGAUUUUGGUGGACGUAUCGUUGGAGGUGAACCAACAACAAUCGAAAAGUUCCCAUACCAAGUAUCUCUCCAAAAAGGAGGUAGCCAUUUUUGUGGCGGAAGCUUGUACUCUCCGGAUAUUAUAAUAACUGCAGCUCAUUGCCUACAAUCUUACAAACCAAGCGAAAUUAAAGUGAGAUUGGGAUCUGCCAACUACAAGUCUGGAGGUGAAUUGGUAUCCGUGAAAAGAUUCAAAUACCAUGAGGGUUACAAUAGCAGUAUCAUGAUUAACGAUGUGGCUGUCAUCAAGCUAAGCACACCAGUAAGAUACACAACAAAAAUUCAGCCUAUCAAACUUGCUGAAUCGAACCCUAAGACGGGAACUCCUGCCGUCGUAAGUGGCUGGGGAACUGAAAAAUUCCUUGUUGGAUCCAUUCAAAAAAUACUCCAACAAGUGGAAGUGAACAUUGUGUCGAUGAGUGACUGUUCUUCACAGAAAUACAAAUAUGGUAGCCAAGUUCGGGAAACAAUGGUGUGUGCUGCUGUUGAAGGAGGUGGCAAAGAUGCUUGUCAAGGAGAUUCUGGUGGUCCUUUGGCAGCCGACGGUAAACUUGUUGGAGUUGUAUCUUGGGGUAAUAUGUGCGCUCGCAAAGAUUAUCCUGGGGUAUACUCUUCAGUAGCCGAUUUACGUUCAUGGAUAGUAAAAAAUGCUGUGGAGUUGUAAAAGAAUAUAAUGUAAAUUAACUGAUCAUA